AUGGCCGCUAAGACAAUCAUCGUCACAGGAGCCUCUCGAGGCAUUGGUCUCGCCGUGACCAAGUAUCUCCUCUCGGCACCCCAAUCCCACAAUGUCGUGGUGGUCGCCCGCAGUGUUGAGCCCUUGCAGAAGCUCAAGGAGCAAUAUGGCGACCAAGUUGCCGUCGUGAACGGAGAUCUUGCAGACUUUGCCAUUGCCAAAAAGGCCGUUGAUACGGCUACCGUGACGUUCGGCAAGCUCGACGGCAUGGUCCUCAACCACGGCAUUCUCGGCCAGGUUGGAAAAAUCUCCGAGGCGGAUCCACAGCAAUGGAGAGAAGGCUUUGAGAUCAACUUUAUGAGCUUGGUUGCUUUUGCCAAAGCAGCUCUGCCGGCACUGCGCAAGUCUCAGGGCAAGAUUAUCUUCACAUCUUCCGGUGCAGCAGUCACUGGUUACCGUGGCUGGGCUCUCUACGGUGCCACCAAGGCGGCGAUGAACCACUUCGCCAUGAGUCUGGGUGCAGAGGAGCCCGACGUCACUUCGGUGUCCAUCAGACCUGGCAUGGUCAACACCGAGAUGCAGCGCGAGCUGCGGGAAGACCAUGCUACCAACCUGGAUGCCGAGAUGCACUCCAAGUUUACCGGGGUCCACAAGGACGGCAAGCUCCUCGAGCCUGAGCAGCCUGGUCAUGUUAUGGCCAAGCUGGUCCUCGAUGCGCCCAAGGAGAUCAGUGGUCACUUCUACUCGUGGAACGACAAAGAACUCGGAGCUUUCCAGGAAUAG